GGCGAAACGUCAACCAUUACUGAAAGGGAAAUCACUCUGGUUCGAGUUUAAAGGGAAGUGACGUCACUUAGUUUCAUCGAUAGCGUCAAAAUGGCUGAAAAAACAAGCACGAUGUCGAACGGAGGAUUCUGGAAUGCUCCUAAGGCUAAUUAUAGUCCACAAACACAAAAUUUGUUGAAAGAGAUGAUGAAUGAAUCAAAAUUGACAAAUUUUCAACAAAGACAUCUAGAAAAGUCAUUGAGAGGUGGUUCAAGCUUACCAGUACAGUGUGCACCAACUUCUAGUGCAAGACCAAAGAUACAGAAAAAACCUCAAAAACAAAGUAAAAUCAUUAAUCCUAAAACUUAUAAAGGUGGUGUAAGAACUAAAGAUACCAUGGAAGCACAGGGAGCCUUUGAAAAGCCAGAAUACAUUCUGCCACAUAAAGUUACAAGAUCAACAAGAGAAAAAGAAAAGUUAGCAAAUAUUAUGGCAUUUGGAGAAGAUGUUGAUAAAUCAAAGAAAGGAAAAGUAAAGAGAGUAGAACUACCUGAAGAAGAUGAAGUAGUAAUUGACAGAUUUGAUGAAUUAAAAUGUGAAGUAGAAGAUAGACAGAAUUUUUUGAAAGAUAUGAUUCAAUUAGGAAGAGGAAAAGAAUUUAAACAUGUUAUUGAUACAGAAAUAUCUCAAUUGGUGAGAGAAAUGGAACUAAUAGAUAAAAAGAGGUCAAAGGAGCUAGAAGUUUUAAUACAGAAAAAAGAGAGAGAGAAUAACAAACUCAGUGACUCGUGACAUGUCUCAUCAACAAUAUAGCGAUAAUUAAUCAAAAAUCAAAACUACAUACGCCACUCACACUCUUGAACACUGGUACUGUGUGACCUGGUGAUGACUUUAUAAACCAUUCUAAAAUAGGAUGCUUAGUGAGUGGUACAUAUUAGUUCCUUUCAACAGAAACAAGACAUUCUAAAACCGAAUGCUUACAUUAAUUUUAUUAUUAUCAGUUCCUUGAUAUUUAACACAAAACAAGUCAUUUUAAAUCCAAAUGCUAAUAUUCAUUACAUUAAUAUCAGUUCCUUGAUAUUUAACACAAAAGAAGUCAUUUAAAUCUGAAUGCUAACAUUCAUUACAUUGAUAUUUAACAUAAAACAAGUCAUUUUAAAUCUGAAUGCUUACAUUCAUUACAUUAAUAUCAGUUUCUUGAUAUUCAAUAUAAAACAAAUUAUUCUGAAAUGUAAUGCUAACAGGAUGAUGUCAAUUUAUUAAUUUUCAAUGCAAAUUGAAAGUGUCGUCAUCAUACUCCAGUUCAUGAAACAUAUUCUGAUCCGCUUGACUGAAAUGGUGUGGGCUUUAAAUUGUAUAUCAGAGCUUUCAAUUCAGGUAAGAAUUUAGGCAGCUGGUUAAUUUUUGCUAUUCAGAUUAGCAAGAUAAUAUUUCCAAAAUAUAUGAAAAAGUAGAAUAUAUAUUGUUUCACAUUCCAAGUGUUUUUACACAUAAAAAGUAUUCUUUGUCUUCUAAAGUUUAAUGUUUUUAAAAAUCUAGAUAUACUACAAUUUUUAGAAUACAUUUCACAGAAGUAAGGAUUACAUUUUAUAUUUAUCCUCUUUGAAAAUAUUUUAUGGUCAUAUUAUUAUUGUUUUAUUAGUGAAUUAGUAAUGUAUUUGCCGGAAUGUCAUAUGAUGAUAGUAUCAAUUUUUGUUUAUACCAAAAAUCAUACAUUUUUCGGACAGUGUCUAAUUUUUUAGAUCUUAAUGUUUAACAUUUAAUAAAGAAAUCAAAAUAAAUAAUCUUCUGGCUUUUAUUCAAUAUGAUUGAAAGAAGGCUCAUUAAGAGAGUUUACUCAACACUUGUAUGUGGCACUGGCUUGUUUAUAUCAUCUGCAGAGUAUGUCCAAUGUUGAGAAAUUUUCAUUUUAUUAUAUCUUUGUAACUACUGAAUGGAGGAACAUUAGAGGUUAUUCCUUAUAGAAAUUCAACUUUUACAAUGUUGUAGUUUGCCAGGCAUUUAAAAUCCCUUAAAUGACAAUUGGCAGCUUUGAUAAUGUAUUAAGAGUUUAUGGUCCCUCAAGUACCCUAUUAGUUUUAAUUACUGAAUUGUAUUGUAUCAUACAGUUUAAUUGACCACUAUACAUCAAAUGUAUUUCAUUUCCAUUACAUCAUUAUCUAUUUGUCUUAUUUUUUUAUUAAGUUUUAAUUUAUAAUAAAUUCACUGAUCAUUGUAUUUGUUUAAAUUAAAU